UUAGAGAGAUGGAAAUAAAGCUUCCUUAAUGUUGUAUGUGUCUUUGAAGUACAUCUGUGCAUUUUUUUUUAGCAUCUAACCAUUCCUCCCUUGUAGCCCUCGGCCCCUCAAAUCACCCUCUCCCCCAUCCCACCCGACUAACAUCUCAGUCUCUGAAAAUGCACAGAGAUGCCUGGCUACCUCGCCCUGCCUUCAGUCUCACGGGGCUCAGUCUCUUUUUCUCUUUGGUGCCACCAGGGCGGAGCAUGGAGGUCACAGUACCUACCACCCUCAACGUCCUCAAUGGCUCUAAUGCCCGUCUGCCCUGUACCUUCAACUCCUGCUACACAGUGAACCACAAACAGUUCUCCCUAAACUGGACUUACCAGGAGUGUAGUAACUGCUCGGAGGAGAUGUUCCUCCAGUUCCGCAUGAAGAUCAUCAACCUGAAGCUGGAGCGGUUCCGAGACCGCGUGGAGUUCUCGGGGAACCCCAGCAAGUAUGAUGUGUCUGUGACGCUGAGAAACGUGCAGCUCGAAGAUGUGGGCACCUACAACUGCUACAUCAUGAACCCGCCCGACCGCCACCGCGGCCACGGCAGGAUCCAACUGCAGGUCCUCAUGGAAGAGCCCCCUGAGCGGGACUCCACGGUGGCUGUGAUCGUGGGCGCCUCCGUGGGCGGCUUCCUGGCGGUGGUCAUCCUGGUGCUGAUGGUAGUAAAGUGUGUGAGGAGGAAAAAAGAGCAGAAACUGAGCGCCGAUGACCUGAAGACAGAUGAGGAGGGCAAGACUGAUGGAGAGGGAAACGCGGACGACGGCCCCAAGUAACAGGCCCCGCAGCCCCCCUCCCGUCCUGUUGCCCUCCCACCCUCCACCCCGCACACUGUGCCCCUGCCUGCCCUCUCUUGGUGUGCUUCUCCUGAACCGGGGUCCCAGUGCCCACCUGGGGCCUCCCGAACCCCUCAUGUCGUGUCCCCCACCCUGCACCAAGAGUGACCCACCUCUCUUUCAUUUGGGAAACCUACCGUGGCGAGUGGGAUGUGUGGGCCCCCAGGGGAGGGACAAGUGGGCUCUGACUGCCGGCCCCUGAGUGGAGGCAGGAGGCCUGUGAAAGGGUCCCAGGAAGAGACGGGGCGCCCAGCCCGCCCUGUCUGUGCACUGGUCUGGUGGGCCCCAGGGAGCACCUCCGGGCGGCGGAGGGGCUCUCCUGCGCUGCCUCCCGGAGCCACUCCAGGCCUGGCGGCCCUGUCAGGCUGGGGGUGCUGGUGGGUUCCUAUAACUUGGGUGGCGGGCGUGUCAGAGGGACGACUGUGUUUCCUGGACAUUGCAGGGAAGCUGGGGCCGGAGGGCAGGUGGAGAGGAGCCUAAGCCCGGGGACCCAUGGUCUUACCCCCUCUCCAUCAGUAGCUGCUACCACAGAAGCCUUGGGGAGUUUCUGUGGGCUGCUAAUCUCUUGGGAUUUGGAGGGGGGAGCAUUGUGCUGAAGAGUUGCCAAGCUGGGCGGUGGGGAGGUUGUAUCAUUUUUCACCAUAGCCAUAAAGAACAGGAGACAAAAUUCAAAGUCAGCUAAGAUCUGAAGGGGUGGGGGUGCCACUGUAACAUGGAAUUGGUUGCAGACUGGCUUCUCCAACCUGGUGACCUUCCUGUCAGCUGAGUGUGGGGCUGGGGAGGCGUGGAAGCCACGCGGCAGUGGGUGAGGGGAGUCGGGGCUUCCUCUGGGCCCUUGUGUUUUGUGUUUGAACUUUCCCAGGUACCAUCAGCAGGGCUUUUAGUUGGCUUUUGGGUAGAGACUGGGAAGGGAGCACCCCGAGGGGAGAGUGAGGGGAGCCUUGGAGCUUCUGAGACGCUAUGGGCAUGUUAUACCCUCCCUGCCCCAGGGACUCCCUCUGUGGGGAGGAAGGUAGCAUUUAUGGAGAGCCAACUUUCACUGCCAUUUUACUCACAUUAAGAGGGAAUCAUUUAAGCCUCAAGAGAGGGAGAGAACCAGAGAGAAACUGCUGACGUAAACACUACCUUGGAAGAUCCUCAGGGAUCAACCAGGCAAGUUCCACUACAGAUGGGGAAACGGGUUCAAAAUGACAGAGACCAAGAGUCCUGCCAUCCCCUCCUCCGGCUCCUCAGUCUCCAGUUUGAAUCAACAGAGCCAUAGUUUUCCUCUCCAUAGGGAGGGGAGGGGACGGGAGGGAGGGCUGCUCCUCUCCCAGGCCGGUGGGAAUGGAGGGAUGGUGCAGGAGGGCAGAGCUGCUGGCAAGGCCCUGCCCCUGCCCCGCACUGACUGACCUUCAGCCCUUCCCUGGCCUUUCCAGGAGCUCAGACCCCACCCAGGUUCUGGGAGUCAGCGCCCUGGGCAGGAACCGGUCUGGGGAAAGUGAGUGGAGACAGGACUGUGACAGUCUCAGGGACAGUCUCAGGGACCAUUCUCUGCCUCUGCCCAUCAGAUGGCCAAUUUGGGGAGAGAACAGUAGCAUCCAUGAGGUUCGGUUUAAUUCACUUCAAUUCGACAUCCAUUUAUUGAGCAUCUCCUGUGUGCCAGGCACUGUGCCAGGUGCCAGGGAUGCACACAAAGCCAUAACACAGUUGGAAGCUGCCAGGUCAGCACUGUGGGGACCAAGAUUAAUUUUUUUGGUGCAUCUAAUUCCACCUCCGCAGCCACUGCUUCCAGGGCUGGAGUUGGAGAAGGAAGACAGUCCCAAAUCUGGGCCCUGGGAAGGGAAGAAAGGCAGGAAGGCGGGUAGUGGUGGUGAGGGUGGGAGAUUCAACAGGGAACAGGGUGACAGGCCAGGCAGAGUGGGCACAGAGUGGGGGACGGACAGCCUGGGUGACAGCUCCCGGGUGGGGGGAGUCCAGCUCAGUACCUAACUGCCAAUCAACACACUGCCAAUGGGGGUGGGCUAAGCCACCAGGAUGCCUGGGGCAGGAGGACACAGCCAUCCUUGGAGCCAACCAGCCAUGAGGGGAGCGAUGGGCAGCUGAGACCAAGGGCGGUUGCGAUACGCAGAAGCAGCCCGCAGAUUUCUCCUCGCGGCCACCUCUCAAGUAUUCUCUUCUCCCAGGAUGAGUGAGGAUCUGUGCUGAUGCGGGGCACGCCUCACAUUUAGGGAACUUUUUGCGCGAUUCCCUAGGGUUAUUCUAAGAAAUCCCAACUCCCCAUCAAGAAGCUCCAGACUUCUGGGCUCCUUCCUUCCAACGUCCUGGCCCAGGGUGGGGGGCCUCCCGAGCUGCCCCACUCUCUUGUGCACUUUCUCCUGCAGCCUCUUUGAAUCUCUUCGGGAGGAGGUCUCCUAGAGCUGCCUCCCCCAGGGCCAUGAGGUUGGGAACAAGAUGGGGCUUCUGUGCAUAGAGGUGGGAAACCCGUGACAUGUUUCCACAGCAGCCAUUUCUCUACCCUGCUUUCUAGUUUAUACCAGCAAGCCGCUCCUCUCCCUGCACUGUGGGUUCACGUCCCACUUGUCCCACUUGCGGCUGCAUGUUCCCAUCACUGCGCUCUCCUGGGUCCAGUCUGCUGGUUUUCCCAACAGCCCCUGCCUCUCCUGUUGUCUUAGAACUCCCUGUCUGUCUCUUCCUCCUAAUUUAAGGGCCACUGUAAGGAGAUGGGCUGGCCAACCCAUGCGAUUGAGCUUAUAAGAGCAGAGUACAAUUUUUCAGGACUGAAAUGCCUUGAGGUGCCUUGAAACUGGCUUUGAAAACGGCUGUCUGCCCCUUAGCGAUGGACUAAUCACAGUUAUUCCCAAUCUAUAAAAAGGAAAAGCCAACUGGUUCCAUAUUUCUCCCUGGAGGUCCCUUUGGGGAAGUUGGGCUGGUAUUUACAAGGUCAGGUUAAAGCAGAUGGACGAUGGAAAAUACUGGCCAGGUCCCAAAAGACAGUCCCAGGCCAUAGGAAUGGCGUGAUGCAGUUGGAAUGAGUGAUGAAUCAAGAAAUUUUCCUUGCAACUCAUCUUAAGGAUAGACAGCCUGUGUCUCUUGCUGUGCCUCGUGCUAAUGUCUUCCUUUAUUGAAGCUUGCUGAUGCAUUUGUACAUAGUCUAUAUAUAGGUAUAGAUAUAUUAUAUAUACAAAUAUAAAACAUCUCACUACAUCCACUCCAAAAGUUACACUGGGUGUUGAGGGAAAAACCAUCAUUUCUCAGUGUUUUGAGUUGAUUCACCAAAGGCAAAUUAUGGAAUGUUCUUACUGCUUUUUGUGCACUUGGAGGAGAAAACUCAGCUACUUACGCACUUUCUGGGUUUUCUGUGCUGCAGGGUGGUUGGAGGGGGUGGUGGGGAGAACAACUUCGAUGGUCCUCUGUGACCCAGCUGCUGUGAUGUGUCUGCUUUGGGGAGCAGGCUGUGUUUUCUUUGCAGUUUGUUGUAUUGCUUGGAUCUAUUGGCUACAAUAAACAGAUCAUCUCCCCUGAA